AUGGCUUUGGCAAGCUCAAGCCGGUUUGUCAAGUCCCUUGCACUUGAUGUGGAUUCACAUAUCUUACUUCGUACACUCAGAUUGGCCGCUGAAACCGAACAUACCUUGAGAUUCAAGCUUUUCAAUGCUAGUGGUCUCGCGAAACGAGAAUUGCUCAGUCUUCCCGACCCAUUUGCGGUGCUUACGGUUGAUGGAGAGCAGACGAGUACAACGAACAUAGUCAGGAGGACCCUGAGUCCUGUGUGGAACGAGCAAUUCGAUGUCACUGUUCGUCCAUCAUCCAUGAUCGCAGUGCAGAUAUUCGACCAUAGAAAGUUUAGAAAGCGGGAUCAAGGAUUCCUUGGUGUUAUCAACAUCUCUGCUGCGGAGGCCAUCAAUAUUGCGACCAACAGUGCAGGUGUUGUGCUGAAUAAAGAGCUGACAAUGUCCAGCAACAAUUUGCCUGUCUAUGGAAAGAUAUCCUUCAGCAUUGCUUACGCCAAUGGUCCGCCAAUGCAAUCCCAAUCUCACACUGCGACACCCCAGCCCAACCAAUACCAACAACAACCCGCCCCUGCUAUGCAACAGCAACCCGAGCAUGUACAACAACCCACCGUCCCUCAGAUACCCAAUCCUGCUCCUAUGCAGCGGCCCCACACCGCGUCAGAGGAUUCCAACCGUCAAGCUUUCGGUCCACAUCCGGGUCCCAGCCUGCACCACUCGGCCAGUCAUACCCAUUUGAACGCGAGCGCAAAUGCUCCCUCAAGGAUGGAGAUGCCGGUUCCGAGACCCGUGUCCACAAGCGCUGUUCCCCAACGUCUAACCGACGACGAGCAAGGGAACCCACUACCUGCUGGAUGGGAACGCCGCCUUGAUCCGCAAGGUCGAACCUAUUACGUCGACCAUAAUACCCGCACGACACACUGGCAUCGCCCUAAUCAAUACGGGCAGGUUCCUGCUACUCGACCCCAAUCGCAACAGCCGACACAAGGUCCUUCCAGAAAUCAGAGUGUGGUCGCUACCCCAGUGGCCACCACCCCGGCAGGACAAACGCAGAAUGCGUUCCCUGAUAUCCCCCUACCGCUGGGAUGGGAAGAGCGGAGGACGCCAGAAGGGCGUCCCUAUUUUGUUGACCAUCACACGAGGACGACUACAUGGAACGACCCUCGAGUUAACCGACAGAAUCAAACCGUUGUCCCUCGCCAAUCUAUCAACGUAAAUCUGGGCCCCCUGCCCUCCGGAUGGGAGAUGCGAUUAACCUCCACGGGACGAGUGUACUUUGUGGACCACAACACUCGAACCACUUCCUGGGACGACCCUCGAUUACCGACCAAUGUCGACGACAAUGCGCCGCAGUACAAGCGAGACUACAGGCGCAAGGUCGUGUAUUUCCGCAGCCAACCCAAGAUGCGGGUGUUGCCUGGCAAAUGCGAGAUCAAAGUUCGCCGAAACAGGGUUAUGGAGGACAGUUACAGUGCGAUUAUGGCGCAGACUGGUGAGGACUUGAAGCGGAGGUUGAUGGUCAGCUUCGAUGGUGAGGAUGGUUUGGAUUAUGGCGGUGUGUCAAGAGAAUGGUUCUUCUUGCUCUCGCACGAAAUCUUCAAUCCUAGUUACGGAUUGUUCGAAUAUUCCACACACGACAACUACACCCUCCAAAUCAAUCCGGCUUCUGGGAUUAACCCAGAUCAUCUUAGCUACUUCAAGUUCAUCGGGCGCGUAGUGGGGCUUGCAAUUUUCCACCGGCGAUUCCUCGACGCCUACUUUGUGCCAAGUUUCUACAAGAUGAUUCUUGGGAAGCCGAUGACAUUGAACGAUUUGGAAGCAGUCAAUGCGGAAUUACACAGGUCGUUGAAAUGGAUGUUGGAGAACGACAUCACCGAUGUCCUGUACGAAACCUUCUCCCUCACCGAGGAACGGUUUGGAGAGAUGGUUACCAUCGAGUUGAAACCUGGUGGGGAGGAUAUCCCUGUAACGGAGGAAAACAAGAAGGAAUACGUCGACCUGGUUGUCGAGUAUCGAAUUUCGAGGCGUAUCAAGGAACAAUUCGACGCCUUUAUGGAUGGGUUGUUGGAAUUGAUUCCUCGGGACCUCAUUAACGUCUUCGACGAGCGUGAGCUAGAGUUGUUGAUUGGAGGAAUGUCCGAAAUUGAUAUGGAUGACUGGAGCAAGUUUACCGACUACCGAGGGUAUGAGAAGACGGACCAGGUCAUUGAGUGGUUCUGGCAGUGUAUUCGAUCAUGGCCUGCGGAGAAGAAGGCACGGCUACUGCAGUUCACGACCGGCACAUCUCGCGUACCGGUCAACGGAUUCAAGGACCUCCAAGGGUCUGAUGGGCCUAGACGGUUUACCAUCGAAAAGUCGGGGGAUCCCUCUGGUCUUCCCCGGAGCCACACUUGCUUCAAUCGACUGGACCUACCUCCCUACGAGGAUUACGAAAGCUUAGAACAAAAGCUUUCGUUUGCUAUCGAGGAAACGGAAGGUUUCGGGCAGGAGUAGACAGCCUUUUCCCUCUCCCCCAUUCCCUGCUUUCUCUUCACCCCGAGCUUGCUUGUGUUGUACACAUAUGUAUUGAUUUUCCGCUGUGUGUUUUGUAUCUGCUCGUUUUCCUUCACGACAGUUGUACCAUCUAGCAUUAUUAUCUAGUACACGACGACUAUCUAAUUUACAGGAUCUAUUCGAAACGUAA